AUGAGGGCAGAAAGCACCAAUUCCAAAUGGGCCAACGUCGACAAGGACUUUACUUCUUCGAUCUGGGACGAAGGCCUCCAAGCCAGCCAAGUCUUCAUCAUCCCAACAAUCACCACCGGCCAAGGAACACGCGAACUCCUAGAAAUCGUCGAAAAAGGCUCUACCGAUCUCACCACCCUUUUGCAGACAUGGGCCCAAAUCGCCGGGGCAGCCAACGAAGCAGAGACCCGAUACAAUUUCAGCUGGGUCACACACUUCACCAAAGUCGUGGCGGAACAUGCAGAGCGAGGAACACUCACCACCGAGGACGAGUUUGAAGGCGCACGUCGCGAGGCAUUGUUGCCAUUUACCGUCCAGGCCGCCAAUUGUCUUCAGAUUUGCAAGCUUGCCGAGGGUGUUCUUGCUGGGCUUGCGACACUACACAAAAUCGCGAGUGGGUUGUUGGCUGAGCAAGAGACCCAAAAGGAGGAGUUGGUGAAGACAGAAGAGGGCGUGAAGAGGCUUACUGUGUGCAUCAAGUGUGUUGAUGCGGUUUGGGCUGAUAUCACGCGGACCUGGAGGGCGUGUGAGGCGCUCAAGGGGCAUGUGCAGCGGGAGGGGUUGGUUGCGGUGGUGCCAAGGGAGGCAGAGGAGGUUGCUGAGGCCGAGGAGGUCGAGGGUUGA